UACACAUACCUCUACAUACACACUCCAUUUUCUCUCUCUAUCUCUAUUAUAUCUUCGAUUUAUGUGCCAUUUUGGUAUAUAAAUAUAUAAUCUUGCACACAAUAAGGUUAUACUUCCCAUCACCUUUUGUAUCAUUGCUAUCUUUGUUCUUCCUUCUGGUGUCUCUUCAGUGUAACAAAAAGUCUCUUUUUCAGUUAUAUUAAGUAAAAGAUGAUGCUUGCGGUGGAAGAUGUGUUAAGCGAACUCGCCGGAGAAGAAAGGAACGAGAGAGGAUUGCCACCUGGCUUCCGGUUUCACCCGACGGACGAAGAGCUCAUUACCUUCUACUUAGCUUCCAAAAUCUUCCAUGGUGGUCUCUCCGGCAUUCACAUUUCCGAAGUUGAUCUCAACCGCUGUGAACCUUGGGAGCUACCAGAAAUGGCGAAGAUGGGAGAGAGAGAGUGGUACUUUUAUAGUCUAAGGGACAGGAAAUAUCCGACAGGUUUGAGGACUAACAGAGCAACUACUGCUGGAUACUGGAAAGCUACCGGCAAAGAUAAGGAAGUCUUCUCCGGCGGAGGAGGACAGCUUGUUGGGAUGAAGAAGACGUUGGUGUUCUACAAAGGUAGGGCUCCACGUGGCCUCAAGACUAAGUGGGUCAUGCAUGAGUAUCGCCUCGAAAACGACCAUUCACACCGCCACACGUGUAAGGAGGAAUGGGUGAUUUGCAGAGUGUUCAAUAAAACAGGAGACAGAAAAAAUGUUGGAUUAAUCCAUAACCAAAUCAGCUACCUUCAUAACCAUUCACUCUCAACAACACAUCAUCAUCAUCAUGAAGCCUUACCUUUGCUUAUAGAACCUUCCAACAAAACCCUAACCAACUUCCCAUCACUACUCUACGAUGAUCCACACCAAAACUACAAUAAUAACAACUUCCUUCAUGGAUCAUCAGGCCACAACAUCGACGAGCUCAAAGCCUUAAUCAACCCUGUCGUCUCUCAGCUCAACGGUAUCAUCUUUCCUUCAGGGAACAACAACAACGACGAAGACGACUUCGACUUUAACCUCGGCGUGAAAACAGAGCAGUCUUCGAACGGUAACGAAAUUGACGUACGAGAUUACUUGGAGAACCCUCUGUUUCAGGAAGCGAGUUAUGGUCUGUUGGGUUUUUCGUCUUCUCCUGGACCUCUUCACAUGCUACUAGAUUCUCCAUGUCCUUUAGGAUUCCAGCUGUAGAAUCUUGGCCCUUGGAUUUUAUAUUUGGUCUUUUCUUAUUUUCACCUUCUGUAAAAUACAAAUUAUAUAAAUUAUUAUUCCUAAGAUCCAAAAUCUUUUGUCGAACAAAUUUCUUAAAAGUUAUGUGGCUGAUUGCUGUAGCCUUGCAGGUAAAAGCUAUUAUUGUGUUACAACUUUUGAUGAACUGUAUUUUGUGGGCGUUUCACUAUUCGAUGUGAUCUCA